AUGCGGAAGAACGUUAUCAUCCGCAAUCUGAGGAUUGGAAACACUUACAACGGCGACCUAGAUGGAAAGACCCAUGACUGGGAUGGCGUCCAGGCGGAUACCGCGAGCAACAUUUGGAUCGAUCACUGCAUCUUUGAGCGCGGUGCCGACGGACUCAUCGAUAGCCGUAAAGACACAAACUACUUGACAGUCUCCAACACUAUCUUCCGGCACCACAACAAGGCCUUCGGUAUCGCCUGGACAGACAGUGUGGUCGCGCAGAUCACACUUCACCACAGCUGGUUCCAGAACACUACGCAGCGCAACCCAUCCGCUGACAACAUCAAAUAUGCUCACUUGUACAACAACUAUUUGACUAAUGUUACGAGCUACUGUCACUAUGCACCAGGCAAGACGGCGAUGUGUACGGAGAUUGUAUACUUCAAGAACACAAAGGACCCCGUUGCAAGGGAUGAUACCGCAACCCUCGCUGCUUCUGGGAACCCUUACUCGGGCACAAGUGGAACUAUCGCAGGCAACUCGGGUACGGUGUCCAAGGCGAUGGAAUACUACAAGUAUAUGCUUGACGCGACUGCAAAUGUCCCAAGCAUGGUGCAGGCUGAGGCUGGACCGAAGGCUAGCAUUUACCCUUCAUGA